AAGUUCAUCCUAGAACUUGCAGUUGGGGGAGAAAAAUCAGAAAUUAAACAAAUACUGAUCCGCCGGAAUUUCCUUAGAACGCACCCCAACAGUUUCAAUUUCCUUCAGUCUCACACAACAUUUCACAAAAAGAUUUAUGUGCAAACAACGCGGAUCGGGUCGUACCUUCUUGAAACACUCAUCUCUAUUGCAGGCGGAAGUUUGAAGGACCCGGAUCAACGCACAGAAAUACUUUCGGGUCCAGCAGAUGAUUCUUUUUGCCGUUGCGGAUUUCGCUAUCUAACUAGUUGUGGUUUUCAGGAACAAACUUGAUUAAUUAAAACCUAACCUUUAUCACCUCCAUCUAUGUUUGGAGGUCUCGUGUCUAACCCUAUCAAUAGUCCUCAUUUACGCAAGUCUGGAAGCCGACCUGUUGUGUUUGAUACUGGUGUGAGUGAGCUGGGAAACAGUUCUGAAGAAGAUCUUUUGCUUUCUCUAGAGACAAAUGAGAUGAAGGGUGGCGUCACACCAUUAAGCAGCGCGGCAAUUAUGCCGUCUCCGCUUCUGCUAUGGAGAUUCAAGGUUCUGCUGUUUUUCAUCUGGGGAUUCAGUUGUUGCAAGAUUGGAUGGGAUUCCGUCAUGAGAAUGAGUGCAGACCUGCGGGAUUUAUUUUUAUAUGAGGCUUUCUUGUAUUAUAAUCCCCUCCUUCUUGUGACUAUGAUGGUUUGGCUCUGGGGAAUAAAUUUAUGGGUUUUUGCCCAAGCUAAUGUUGGUUAUGCCAAAAUUUUUGACCUGGAUCAAAGCCAUCUAACUCAUCGAGAGAUAUGGAAGUGCGCUACCUGGAUGACCAUCGUUGUUCCAACUAGCAUGACAGCGUAUCUUUAUCUGUAUUCUCAUGGUGAAGUUUCAUUGGCUGCAUCUCAACCAGUGCUUUUGUAUACUGCUGUUGCAAUGACCCUAAUAUUUCCCUUUGAUAUCUUCUAUCUCUCAUCCCGUUUCUUUUUGUUGAGGACUAUUUGGCGGAUAAUGUUCCCAUUACAGGCAAUCUCAUUUGCUGACUUCUUUUUGGCUGAUAUUUUUACCUCUAUGUCAAAGGUUUUCUCGGAUUUGGAGCGCUCAGUUUGCCGAAUGGUCCAUCGCCAGGUUGCUACCAUUGCAUGGUUUGAGGCAGAUUCUGUUUGUGGAAGUCACGCUGUUGCAAUACCUAUAGUUCUUGUUUUGCCUUACAUUUUUCGUUUAUUUCAAUGUCUUCGGCAAUAUAAGGAUACAAGAGAAAAGACGGCUCUUCUAAAUGCCUUAAAGUAUUCAACGGCAGUACCAGUUAUAUUUCUUUCAGCCCUCAAGUAUCACGUUUUUCCUGAGAAAUGGACAAAUAUAUAUAGGCCUCUCUGGCUGUUAUCGAGUGUAUUGAACUCUUUGUACUCGUUCUACUGGGAUAUUACACGCGAUUGGGACUUGAGUUGCUUCACUCGGAUUUUCAAGUUCAGCAAACCGCACAUCUUAUCCCACAUAUUAUAUGGAAGGAAAUGGGUCUAUUUUUGGGUAAUCGGGAGCAAUCUUAUUCUGCGAUGCACAUGGACGUACAAGCUGUCAGCCCAUCUUCGCCAUAACUACCUCACCGUGUUCACCAUAACUGCCCUUGAGAUGCUGCGCCGUUUCCAGUGGGUAUUCUUUCGGGUGGAGAACGAGUGGAAUAAAAUGAACAAAUCAAAUAUUCAGCUGGCCAUGAUGGACUUGCCGAAAGAGGAAGAUAAAUUGCUUAAUCCCAAUGGUCAUAGUGUAUAGAAUUGACUAAACAGUAGAUUGGUUUAGCAGCAUUUCUUGAGGUGAUCUACGUCCUCCUCCUCCUCCUCAUUGGGAAGGUAGACACCCAGCCCCAUUUUCUCUCAUCAUUCUAUAUAAAAAGAAAUACCUUUUUUGGUAUUAGUAGCAAUAUUAAAUUGACUCAUCUUUUCUCUUACAUGUGAGAAAACAUGUUGAUUAUUCUGUGGCAUUCAUUUGGAUUCAUGCUUUGAUACAAAGUUAAAUCCUUUGGCAUU